CAGUAUGGUGUCAACUAGGCGCCAAAGCGGACGUCUGCGUGACGUUUUGACGUUUCCCGCCGUCGGCUCUCGCGUUCCCAAUCCAACCUUUUAACUCGCAAUAAAUUAUUUCACGAAUAAAGACUUUGUUUGUGCCAAAAAAAGUUUUAAAUUAAAUUAAAUAUGGAACGCUACUGCAGAUAAUGUGAAAAUUGUUUUUAUUUUUAAUUUUUGUUUUUUAAUUAAAGAAGGUACAAAGGUGUUUUUUGACAGUUCAUUUUUGUUAAUCGUGUGUUUCGUGACGUUUCGUGUAUUUCUUUUUUCUAAACAAACAAUUGUAAAUUUUUGUUUUGUUUGUUUGUUUUGUUGUUGCGUUUGUUUUCCGUGUUCUGUGUUCCGAGGAUUCUGUUGACAGUGUUGUUUGACUUGUGUGCGACUUUCUGACUAUUUUGGAUUGUGAAUAAAACUUUCGACUAUUUAUUCAUGAAUUAAAGAUAAAAUGUUAAACAAGAAUUCCUGAAAAAUCAACACAAAUGUACAGAAAAACGGAUAUCAGUCAUCAAUAUGCUUCACACAUAUAAAGAUGGCGGUAAAAUACAAAGAGACAUUUGAAAACGGAACGCCAUUAAUAUCCUUGCGCGUACGCAGCGCUGAUUCCAAAUUCAAAUAUAGCACGGAAAGGCGCCGGAAAUGGGCUCGGCCGGAUGUCGGCGUUUGCUUCCUGUCGUUCUUCGUUUUGAUUGUCGGUUGCCAUGGUUACCAAGAACAGAGAUUUGCUAUGGAACCACAAGAUCAGAGCGCCAUAGUCGGUUCGCGAGUGACUCUGCCGUGCCGCGUGGAGAACAAGGUGGGGCAUCUACAAUGGACCAAGGACGACUUCGGGCUGGGGACGAACCGCAACCUCAGUGGAUACGACCGGUACUCCAUGAUAGGCAGCGACGAAGAAGGAGACUACUCUCUAGACAUCAGGGACGUCAGUCUAGAAGAUGACGGACUGUAUCAAUGUCAAGUUAGCUCCGGACUAAACAAUGAGCCAGCGAUUCGCUCCCGCUACGCUCAGCUCACAGUUCUGGUGGCUCCUGAAGCACCUAGGAUAUUAAGAGGAGCCUUCAUAGAUGCGACUGAAGACCAACCAGUGGAGAUCGAGUGUGUCUCCUCAGGAGGAAAGCCUGCUGCUGAGAUUACAUGGCUCGAUGGAAACCAGCAAGUAAUUAAGAAGCCAGUCAAAAGUACAGUGGAACUGUUACCUGACGGCCAGAGAUAUAUUACAAGGUCGGUGUUGCGGUUAACCCCGACGAAGGGUCACCACAAUCAAACGAUUACGUGUCAAGCACAGAACACGGCAGAUAGAGCUCCCAGGAUGGCCACUGUACAUAUAGAGGUCAAAUACAUACCAAAAGUGAACGUAUCAAUCAGCUCCGGAGCUAAUAGGGGCAAGAUACCUGAAGGGUCGGAGCUGAGGGUGCGGUGUGAUGUGGACGCGAACCCACCAGCUCAGUUCUAUCGGUGGUACAUCAACAAUAACCCUGUGAUAGGGGAUUAUGUUGAUGAGAUGAUUAUCUUCAAUGUGACAAGAAAGCACCACAAAGCACUAGUCAGGUGUGAAGUCAGCAAUACUGUCGGGAAGAGUGAUGGGAAUAUCACCUUAGAAGUCACCUACCCACCAACGUUCAGAACGAGGCCUCAGAAUGUGGAGACUGACAUCGGCUCCAGUGUCGUACUGAGCUGUGAUGUUGAUGGCCAGCCCCAGCCGGAGAUCAGGUGGCUGUUCCACGAACCAGGACGGAUAGGGCAGGUCAAAGGAAAAGCUCCCAACUUGAAGGUGUACGUGAAUUCGGAGACAGCUGGACGGUACAUCUGCAAGGUCAUCGAGGAAGGGUAUCCUGAGAUUGAGAGUGAAGCUACCAUCUUCAUUAAGAGUGCUCCAAGAAUCCUUUCGAACCGAACUCAGUUUGGUAUGGAGGGAGAGAGUGUGAGGAUAGAAUGUGCUGCACGAUCAGUUCCGAAGCCUGAUGACAUCAGGUGGUACUUUGAGGGACGGGAGAUCAGUGUCAUUCAGGAUCCGGACUACGCGACAUUAGAAGAGACCUUACCAGAUGGUGUGAUAAAGUCCAGCCUGGUGAUCAGAGCCAGUCAGUCCAGACACUAUGGCCAGUACAACUGCAGUGUCACUAAUGAGUAUGGAAACGCCAAUGCUGCUAUUAUGCUGAAGCCUUUGAAAACCCUACCACUAUACAUAAUCCUGAUAGGCGUGACAUCUGGCAUCGUGAUAUUCUCUGCCUUCAUCAUUCUGGUCGUGGUCUGCCAUCGCAGGAGACGGAAGAAGGGCCAGAUGAAUGAGAAACCAGAUGUGACUGUCACCACGGGAGAUGUUUACAAUAAAGAGAGUGAUAGGAGCUCCAAUAUCAGCGAUCUGAAGCCGCAGCUGCCUCAAAGUGAUGGGAGCUAUGAAUUGGACUACACAAGCUCCGAUCGUUCAGACAGCAAGCUGCAUGCAGGCCUACCUCUGGCAGGACCUGUGCCUCUCCCCAACCUUCGCCAUGACGACCCUCUGAUGCAGUUCCGAUAUAGCAACGAUUACUCCGAUCCAACGUAUAGUGAUCCUUAUUUUAAGAGCCCCGCGGGGUACGUGUACGACUACCCACAAGGGUACGCGCCGCCCCCCCACCUCCGCGUACAGUCGCCCCCCCUCGAGCCUCCUAGUAGAUCAUUACAAGGUUCAUUGACGCGCAGCAUCGACACGGCGUCAACGCUUCCAUUGUCAGCCGGCAAUGGAUCGCAAAACAACACGUUACAACGAACGACCAAGUCUUCAGAUGAAACGGACGCAAUUAAUAGCCUGGGACUUCCAGUUGGUGAUGCGUCCCCGACACCUAUAUAUGCCCAGCCGAACACAAAACCUCAACCUAAUGUGGAUUUGAGGUACUCAGCUACGUAUGGGAACCCGUACUUGAGGAAUAGUAAUAUGGGUUAUAGCAGUCAAGUGCACACAGCGAAGCCGGCGUCCACACCAGCACCGCCCCCUUACUCGGCAGUCAGAAACUCUGUCGUUUUGCCUACAGGUAAUGGUAGUCAGCCGGCUCAGGGCACUCAUGUAUAGCAGAGGCGUAAAAUCAUAAGACUAGUGUAAAUUGGACUCUUGAAAUAUCAGCUGAGAAACGCUGAAAGUGUAUCAUACUAUGUUCCUGAAUUUUUAUAUGACUGAGGUGUAUAUACGAUAGGAUAAGUCUGAAGGCUUGUUUAAUUAAUUUUUUGAAAAAUACAUCGAAGAUUUUUGAGUUGUAGAACGAAUGCAAAAGAGAUGUUUUAACACAGAGAAUGAAGGUAAGCGUCCACAGGCCCGCAUCGUACGCAUUCCGUAUGACGUCUUCAGUACGCAUCGCAUGUAGGCUUUGCUGAUGAUGCGGUCCGCACGAUGCGGAUCAGUGGACGCAGUUGUAUGAGUUUCUAUACAAGACAAACUAAAAUCCGUUGCGUGCGAUGCGUACGAUGCGGGCCUAUAGACGCGUACCUUAAGGUAUCAUUCAAGUAUUUUAAAAGUCUUUAACUGAACUGAAAAAUGAAUUUAUUUUCAGCAAAAUUGUGUUUUCUCUUUUGCAUUCAAUUUUUGUAUUUCGAAUUAUAAUGACUUGAAUAAUUUAUUGGAUUUCGAAAAUAAUGAAAUAUUUCGACUGUCUCUUUGUUAAUUGUAUUGCGUUAACGCGUCAAAUUAAUUGGACAAAAUUAUUAUUGUACGGUGCAAUUCUAUGGCUUCGUGUUUGUAUAAAAAUUAAAUGAAAUAUAUAUUUUUGUAAAUACAAUAAAUGAAUAGAUAAAUGCAUGAAAAAUAACUUUCUAAUUUUUUUUUUGUAAUAAUUAAAGUAUUUUUGUUACAUUCUGUAUAAAGAAUUUUAUUCGCAAUAUAAUGAGUGCAUUUUAUAUAUAUAUUAUUAUAGUUUACAGAUUUCUUUUUUAUUUUUAUUUUCGUUCUCCGAAUCCGAAUAUUUAGCACGAUACGAUUGCUCAAUAAAUAAAUCGGUUAUUCGGUAACCGAUUUUUUUAUAAUUCCAUUAAUUUCCAAUUAGUAUAAUAAUUAUAAUUCAUUUGUUAUAUAAACUAUACAGACUGAAAAUAAAAUAUUUUAUAAAUUUUAUAUAGAAAGAAAAAAAUGUCUACGUAGAUAAAUUUAUGAUUUUUUGUGCUGUAUCGAAAUGAAUUAAUUUUUAACAUUCUUUGUAUUGUACUGUCGCUUAGUUUUUUCAAACUUUUUACACGACAGUUUCGAUUAGAUAGAUUAAAGUAAUUAGCUAAAAAUGUCAAUGAUAGGAAAAUCAUAUUUUCUGUGAUAAUUAUAUAGUAAAAAGAAAUUAGGAUCGCAUCUUAGUUCCAUUAUAUACGAUAGGUAAGAUUCCGUAUAAUGUGUAACAAGCCAGAAUCUAUAGUUUUAAAAAUACCCCUUAUAAACGUGUGCCACUAUUUUAAUUUUUAUUUUCAUUUUAAAAUGUAAAUAGGUAUUAAAAAUGUAAGUUAUUACAGCUUUACAGAAUGUCACCUCAUUGAAUGGGCAUAUUAAUGGCAAAAUAACAAAUUUUUGUUGUUAAAAAAUUUAAUUAAAAAUGUAUAAAAAAUAUUGCAUGAUACAGUGUUUUUGUUCUUUGCAUGCGAUAAUUAUUAUUUGUCAUUAUUUUUUAAAUGGAAUAAUGAUACUAUCAGAAUAAAACUUUUGAUUUUAUUAUA